AUGGAUAAUUCUGUAACUGAUGGAUAUAAUUCAACAGCAGCUUCAACUGCUAUUAUAUCGAAAGAUUCAUCUUCAUUUGUUUAUCAAGAUUUAAUUUUUCAUGUUCAAGCAAUUCAACAUAAAAUGAUCGAAAUUACAAAAUAUCUUGAUGAUCAAUGGAAAAAUAAAAAGAAGAUACGAAAGGAAUUAAAAUCACGUUCAAUAACAUUUGUUGAUCCAUAUGGAAAUCCAACAACUAAUAAAUAUGUGGAUCAUCAAUUGAUCAGUACGUUAUUUAUGAAAUACAAAAAAGAUUAUGUACCAAAAUAUUUGCAAAAAUGGAUUCAAAUUGGAACAAUGAGUCAAAAUAGGAUUUCGUCAUUAAUUGAUUCUGAAUCGAAAUUAUCUGUAUUCGAAUAUCCAGAUGGUUAUCAAUUUAUAACAUAUGGUGAAGUGAAAAUCUUAUUAGUAUAUCGUGAAGAUAUAUCACCUCAACAAUUGAUUCUACCAGUUCUUCUAACAGAUACUAUUGAAAAAAUUAAAAUGCAA